AUGUAUCCCAGAAGGCGCGUCGUGAAACUGUUACAAGUCAUUUCUUCGCAGUCAUGCAGGUGUCCAGCUCAUGGAAAUCUAGAAGGCACGACCAGGCAUGAAUUAGCGAAAGCUCGUAGCACAGUUGCAAAUGCUAUACCGCAAAAAGAAUAUGCCUUUGAGAUGGCCUGUUCCACAGUGCGAUAUGGCGUCGGCGUCACCAAAGAAUUAGGCAUGGACAUGCAAAAUAUGGCCGCGAAGAAGGUGUGCUUGAUGACGGAUCCGAAUCUAGUGAAUCUACAACCUGUUAAAACUGUCAUGGACAGUCUUGCUAAAGCUAGCAUCCAGUUCGAGGUUUUCGAUAAAGUACGCGUGGAGCCGACAGAAAAGAGUCUUCAAGAUGCCAUCGAGUGCGCGAAGCGUGGAAACUUUGAUGUUUUUAUAGCGGUCGGCGGUGGUUCGGUGAUGGACACCUGUAAGGCAGCUAAUUUGUACAGUUCCGAUCCAGAAGCGGAUUUCUUAGAUUAUGUGAACGCGCCAAUUGGCAAAGGCAAACCAGUUCAGGUGCCCUUAAAGCCACUGAUCGCGGUACCAACUACUUCCGGCACUGGUUCAGAAACUACAGGUGUUUCCAUCUUUGAUUAUAGGCCACUUAAAGCAAAAACUGGUAUCGCUAAUAGGGCUUUAAGACCAACCUUAGGCUUAAUUGAUCCGGAACACAUGUUGACCAUGCCAGAGAGGGUCUGCGCUUAUUCCGGUUUUGAUGUGCUCUGCCACGCCCUCGAGUCUUUCACUGCUAUACCGUACACGGAAAGGACACCAUGUCCUUCAAAUCCUAUUCUUCGGCCUGCUUACCAGGGUAGCAAUCCCAUCAGCGAUGUAUGGUCAAAAUAUGCUCUCCAAACUAUGCGGAAAUACUUUAAAAGAGCCGUUUACAACAAAGACGAUCUCGAAGCAAGAAGUAACAUGCAUCUUGCGAGUACUAUGGCGGGUGUCGGGUUUGGUAAUGCCGGCGUGCACCUGUGUCACGGGCUCUCUUAUCCCAUUAGCGGAAAUGUACGAAGUUUCCAACCAAAGGGCUACAGCGACGAUCAUCCCAUAGUGCCGCACGGUCUUUCGGUCGUAAUAUCAGCACCCGCUGUGUUCUCCUUUACCGGAAGUGCAUGCCCGGAAAGGCAUCUGGAAGCCGCAGAACUACUCGGCGCCGAUGUGAAACGAGCAAAGAAAGAGGACGCCGGAAAAAUAUUAGCCGACACCGUGAAAGAGUACAUGCGAGUAAUGAAAGUCGAAAACGGUCUGGCGGAAUUAGGAUUUAAAAAAGAAGAUAUUCCUACUUUGGUUCAGGGGACACUGCCACAGCAUCGCAUAACAAAAUUAGCGCCAAGAGAACAGUCUGAAGAAGAUCUUUCGCGAUUGUUUGAAAAUUCGUUUACAAUUUACUAAUAAGUAUACAUCUCACAUCAUUGAAAUCAAUUUAAAAAAGGGAACGAAUAAAUUGUUACUGUUUUGCAUUUUAGCUUUCGCUUUAUAUAUUUCUUAUCCUUGAAUACUUCCUUGAAUGAACAGUGAAGUAAAUCCACCACUCUGCUUCAAGUAUGUAAACAAUUGUAUAAAAGAAAAUAUCAGAAAAACUAUUAAUCUUAACUCACAGACCGAGAAAUGGUAAUAAUAAUAGAAGCACUAAUAAAUAUGUAUGAAUGAGUUUUAUCAGUCGUGAAUAAGGAAAUGUUCAAACGUGUAUUUUGUGCGAGUACAAACGUGUAGUUCACGAUAAUACGUGAAGUCAUCUUUCUAUCGAUAGUUCCUUAAAAAGCAUCUAUCACCGUAGUGAAAAGGAUCUCCGAUGAUCGAUGACUUCUAUUGUAACAGUAAGACAUUAUUAUAUCUAUGUUAAUAUUUAUCGAAAUAUUACCAGAUCUUCUAGUAAACAGGUAAUUAAGCCGCCUACGCCAAACACAUCGCAUAUGUUAAUUAGUAAUUAAAAUAGACAGAUAAUACUUUUCUAAAUCGAAUCCCUAACAAUAGCUGCAGAUUUAAACCCGUAUCUGAAGCAGUCAGACGUCAUCACGCGAAUUUAAUUAGAAAUUUCCGAAAUCUUCCAAGAUACACAUUAAACCAUUUUUUCCGGAGACCGUCUUCGUUACAUUUACAACCUCACAUCAUCGAAAAAUGUAUGUAGCAGAAUGUAAGUAUUAAUAUCUAUUAAUCAUAAUCAUAAAUUUCAUUCUACUAUAUAUCAAUGUCGAAAUCAAAGUCCUGAUAAUUAUUGUUGUUCAGAUUACUUUGAGAAAUACGUGAUAAGAAAUUGAAAGUUUCUUUUUUCCCUUAAAGUCGCGAAACA